CGAAUUGCGAUCGAAAUUGCCGUGCACUUCUCACUUCUAUCAAAGCAAGGAUCCCGCAUCCCGCAGCAUACUAUUACUAUCAAGAGCUGGAUACCCCAAGGCAUUGACUUAUCUUUCUCCAGCCAAGUGCAAAGCAGCGUCAUGGAUGUGCCACCGGCGGCAGCGGCUGCUUCCAGUAGUAACGAUGAUGCCUCGCAAGCACGGAGACUGGUCAUGUUGGAGCAACUGACUUCGGGGUAUGGCUUUGACACGGAGGCCGCGGAAAAAGCGCUCGACGAGGUGGGUCCAACUAGUGAAGUAUCUGUAGUCGUCAACUAUAUUUUGGAAAAUGGCAUGGGAAAGGACCGGGGUGGGUCAGUGGUCCCUAAAACGGAUUGUCCUCACGUGAAUGACCAUGUGAAGGUAACAACCGAAAAGCUACCCGAUCACCCGCAGCACGCACUGUGCUCAUUUUUUGCGCAGGAAGAUCAGGACAUGGACGAUAAUAACAACAAGGAUCGAAUAGGGCGGCUCAAAUCCGACACUGACGAUCCCGACGACAAUGGAAAGUCCUGUCCAGCCGGUGAAAAUUGGUUUUGUAUGGAAUGUGGUGCCAUCCGUUGCUCCCGGUAUGUGAACGGCCACUGUCUGGCUCAUUAUCAAGAAACGGAAAAGGGAGAAGAAAGUACGACUGGGCACUGUAUCGCAGCUAGUCUGGUUGAUCUUUCGGUCUGGUGUUACAAGUGUGAAGCUUAUGUUCAGGAUCCUCUUUUGGACCCUUUAAUACAAAGGCUGGAACAGCUCAAGUUUCAAGAAGCUUCUGAGCCCAAGAAGAAAAAGCCCAGACAAUCCCAUCCGAAUGACGAGAGAUAUCGCGUGGCACAAUCUUCGGGAGAUGAAACUACCAGCAACAAUAAUAACGACAGCAACGACAACGAUGACGACGACGAUGAAGAAGAUAAUGACAGCGAUGCCAGUCCGACCAUUAUUGACAUUGCAACUGCCGUGGCGAGGGGAAUCCCUAUUGGCCUCUUUCAAUCCUCUGAAAACGAAGAAGAAGAGGAGCUUCAAUAUUCAUUUGACAAACUGCCCAAGUCCGUGGAAGACGUGGCCAAGUUUAUCCAAUCCGACAAGUGUAGAAACAUUGUCAUACUGGCGGGGGCAGGCAUGUCCGUCGCGGCGGGGAUCCCCGACUUUCGAUCCGCCAAUGGCCUCUACGCGACAAUGAAUCCUGACUUGCUUUCCGCCGAUCCCGUAGAACGAGAGGCCAUUCGCAUGGACCCCACCGUGGCUCUGGAGCAAGGCAUGUUUCUGCAAAAUCCGUUGCCUUGUCUCGAGUUGAAUCGAGAAUUCAUUUUGGGGACUCGCAACCAAAAAUGGAAAGCAACACUGGCACAUCGGUUUGUCGAGUUGCUGCAUGCCAAGACGGGGAAACUGGUUCGUCUCUACACACAAAAUAUCGACGGACUAGAGGAUCAAUGCACGCAGUUGCCAAGAGACAAAGUCAUUGCUGUUCAUGGUUCCAUGGACCGAGCCGAAUGUGCCCAUUGUGGCCAGGAGUCAGAUUACGGUCAAUUCUGUGACCGUGUGCGGGAUCAAAUCAAAGAUUUGUCGGGAAACGAUGAACAAGCUCCACAGGAAUCGACUCCCAUCACCUGCACGACCUGUGGAUCCAGAGCGGUCAAGCCGGCCAUUGUCUUGUUCCGAUCGAGUCUGCCCAUGACGUUUUUUGAGAAUGUCCCACGGGAUGUGUUGGACGUAGAUCUUCUCAUUGUGAUUGGGACUUCUCUGCGAGUGGCUCCGGCAAACUCGUUGGUAUGGCGCAUUCCAAAAACAGCGUUACGGCUCUUGGUGAAUCGUGAGCCAGUUGGUUGGCACCUGGGGGUAGCCUAUGGGCCAGAUUCGAAGCGCGAUGUGUUUGCGCAGGGCAACUGUGACUUUGUUUUGCUGGAUCUGAUGGCCCACUUGGGGUGGUUGGAUGAUCUUCGGCCGUUGUUGGACGAGCAAAAGUUGCCCGAUGCUUGUGCGGCAUUGCUUCGAAACCGACUUGGCAAGGAGGAUGAAUCAUCCUCCGCAAAUCCAUCAUCAUGAUAUCGGUAUUGGCAGGUCUUGAACUGGUUUGUGUCUUUUAGUGUUCUUUUGUGUCGGUUAUAAUUGUUGUUCUGGGUCUCUGGCUGAUGGGCCUCUUCUCCUACUGUAAAUAAAUAAAAGCUUAGUACUAACUAAGCACCCUACCGGU